AUGAUGGGAUACGCGGGGACCAACAUCAACAACGUCGAUACAGCCGACAGCAACUGCAACAGUAGACCCUUCCAAAAUGAAUCGAACUUUGAUAAAACAAGAUUGAUCAUAAAAAAUGUCCCAAAAUAUAUGAACGAAAUGGAUUUAAAAAAACACUUUUUUAAAAUGAAAGGAAAUUAUGAAUUUAAAAUAACAGAUAUAAAAAUUAUGAAGAGAAAAAAACUUGUCAAGAAUAAAGAAUUUUUUGAGUCCAGAAAAAUUUGCUUCAUAGGUUUUAUUAACAAUACAGAUUGUGAAAAUUUUAAAAAAUCUUUUAAUAACACCUACAUUAAUACUAGCAAAAUUGUCAUUGAGGAUGCUUUUUCUCCCCUUAUUUCCAAAAAUGCACAGCAGAGCAGAAAUGGCACUUCGUAUGCCUUUAAACGUAUAGGAGAGAUACAAAAAAUGAAGAAAGACAAGUCUGUGCAAAUUGUGAAAAGCGAAAAUUUUGUCAACAAAACGAUUCCCAUCAAGAAGACCAAAGCGGGGAUGAGCACCACCAGGAGCCACAUCAUAUUUUUAGAUGACCAACCGGCGCAGGGAGUGGUGGAGGAGGAGAAGAAGCAGAAGAUGAAGGAAAAGAAGAAGGAAGAAAAAAUGGAAAAGAAGAAGGAGGAGAAAGCGGAAAAAAAGGCGGAAAAGAAGAAGACCAAAAUGGAAGGGGAUAACCCCCAGAGUGGGGAACCCCCCAGCGAACGGUUGGAGCCAGCGGAGAAGGCACGCACAAAUGGUGCUAAGCGGGACAUAGAUGAGGAAGGCAACAGGGAUGAUGAUGCUCAUGCUGAUACAGGCGAUGGCGCACAAAGUGGCGCAGAAAAGGAAGAGGCCGAGGAGGAAAAAGCCCUAGAUUGGCUGAAAAAAAUCUCCAAAAGGGAGGAAAGUGACAAAAAUGCCCGAAACGAAAAAGAUGCCCGGAACGACAAAAAUGACCAGAACGAUCAAGGCGCGCAAAAGAACCGCCUAUUCGAGGACGAAAUGAGCACAGCGAGCAAUCUGUCAAGCGACGAAAAGGAAGGGAAAAAAAAAGCGGACAAUGGCGUGGACGAGGAGGAUGAUUGUGAAAAUAUGAACACCGGGAAAAUUAUCAUCUUUAACAUGCCCCCCGUAAACGAACAGGACGUAAAGAACCUGUGCGAACGGUUUGGACCCGUCGUCGAUGUGAAGGUGUUUAAGAACGUAAAAAAAGGAGCAGUAGUCCUAAAUUUGAAUGAGAAAAAAAACAACAAAUCGAGUGACGACUUUUUUAUAAAACUGUUGAAGGAAAAUCACGACUCAUUUGCAAACGAAAAAGAUAGAGAAAAGCAAAAGAAGAAGAAAAAAAAAAAUUUGGAUGAAGCUGACAGCGAUGUGGUGAAAAGGGAUGACAGAGAAAUAGGCUAUGGGGAGACCACAGAUUGCAAAAAAAAAAACGGAAGUAGCAGAAACGAGUCUAUCCUCAACAGCGACCUUACAAAUGUAAAGGUAUACGCCUUCGUCAAUUUUAUGUUCCCCAGCGCUUGUGAGAGAGCCAAAAAUUUCUUAAACCAUGCCAUUUUUAGGGGUAAAGUGUUAAGUGUUAAAUAUGCCAAGGAAAAAUUUGGAGACUACGAAUAUACAGAGAAAGGAAAAAAUAAUGUGUUGAUUAAAUUAUCUCAUGAUUCGAAAACAUCGUAUAAGAAAAUAUUGGAAAUUCAAAAAAAGAGGAACUGCCAAAAUGAAAAUAUUUGGAAUAUUCUCUACACAGACAUAAACUCGAGCAUUCACAGUUUCUGCAAAGAAAAUAAAUGCAGCCCCCAUUCCAUACUAAACAUAAAGGACAGGAACAUUGCCGUUAAUGUUUCGCUCACGGAGACGUACAUAAUUAACAAAAUGAAGGAGUGGAUAAAGAAGGAGGGGAUUUACUUGGAGGCUUUCGAGCAGAUAUAUAGGAAGAGGGACGAGGGGGGAGAACCGAGUGGAAAAGCGGACGGUAAAGCGGACGGUAAAGCGGACGAUAAAGCAGACGGAAAAGCGGACGGAAAAGCGGACGGAAAAGCGGACGGAAAAGCGGACGGAAAAGCGGACGGUAAAGCGGACGAUAAAGCGGACGGAAAAGCGGACGGAAAAGCGGAAGGAGAUAACCCCCCCGGAGAGGAGCCCAGCCGUGCGAACCACGUCGUCAAGUACAAACGCAGUGAUGACACCAUAAUAGUAAAAAAUUUGUCCAUUCAAACAAACCAAAAGGAAGUAAUAAGCCUUUUUAAGAAGUAUGGUGUUUUAAGCAAAGUUAGUUUUUCCCCCUAUAACAAUAUAGCCAUACUGCAGUUCGAGAAAGCGGAAAACGCCAAGAAGGCCUUCAUAUCGAACUCGUACAUACGGUAUAAGAAGCUGCCCCUCUAUUUGGAGUGGGCCCCAAUGAACCUGUUCGAGAGGAAGGGAGACCAGGAUGGCGUAGGAAGCGAUAGCAAGGGGAAGACGAACGGUGGAGAAAUACCCGCCAAAGAAGCAGUCAAAAAAUCUGAACACGAAGCGGCCCCGAAGAAGGAACAACACCAUAGCGAAAGCGAGUCCAGUGAUGAGGAAAUUACGCACGCCAGCAUCUAUAUCAAGAAUCUGAACUUCAAUACCAAGGAAGAGGACCUAAAAAAGUUGUUCGAAAAAUUGGAAGGAUUUAUAACCUGCAAUAUUGUGAAGAGUAAGAAGGCCAUAUCGAAGAAGAAUCAAGAAAAGGGAAAAGAGACAGAACAGAAACUGAUGUCUCAGGGAUACGGUUUUGUUGAAUUUAAAAGCAAAGAGUUAGCUGUUGAGGCCAUCAAAAAGUUGACAGCAACAACUCUGGAUGGGCACGUGCUGGAGUUGAGUCUUUCUCGUAACAGAGUUAAAAAAAAAAAUAAUAAAAAUAAUGAAGAAAAAGAGGUAGUUAAGGAAAAAAAAAUUACCAAAAAGUUGCUAGUAAAAAAUUUAGCUUUUCAAGUGACGAAAGAAGAAUUAAGAAAAUUAUUUUCUGCAUUUGGAAAUAUCAAAAGUGUCAGAAUACCCAAAAAUGCAUAUAACAGAAGUAGAGGAUAUGCAUUUGUUGAGUUUAUGUCAAAAAAUGAAUGCCUCACAGCGAUUGAGUCAUUACAACAUACCCAUUUGUAUGGGAGGCAUCUUAUCAUCGAUUUUGCCGAUGAUUUUAUUUUUGAUCAAAAUGUGAACGAAUUUGACAAACUAAAAGAGGAGGGGGUUAACAACAAUCAUGGGAGUAAGAAACAAAAGUGCAUUACGUCAGAACAAGCCAAAAGAAAAGCUACCUAUGAGAAGGAGAAAAAAAACCAAGUGACCGAAUCGAAAAAAAGGAAACUGAUGAAUAACAUGGAGAAUAUUUGA